GAAACGAUGGACAGUGGUGUUCGACAACGACAGAUGAGAAAAAAUCGGUGCGAUUGUUAACGAGACGUCAGUCGGACCACAAACAACAAUUGCAAAUACGAGAAAGAAUGGCGUGCCUGAAGAUUUACCUUGUUCUGCUCUUAGCCGUUGCAAUCGGUGUGGCAGUUGCAAAACCGGGAUACUUAGGCUAUGGAUAUGGUGGUUACUAUCCGUAUGCCUAUGGAUAUAGAUUCCCAUUUUAUGGCGGCUAUGGCGGAUAUGGACACGGAUAUGGACAUGGAUAUGGACAUGGAUUUGGCUACGGAUUUCCGUACUACGGUGGCUAUGGUCAUUACGGUCAUUACGGUUACCAUUAAGGUGGACACAAAACAACGGCCUUCUUCUGGAUUUUCUCUGAAAUACCAUCUGAAGAGUGCGUUUAAUUGAUUUACGUCGUUUUCUCUCUAUUUUUUUUGUCGCCAAGAUUGAUCCAACAUCGCGAAGAACAUAUUUAUUCAUGUAACGCUUGUGUCAAAUUGUGCACGCAAUAUGUUUACUACAAAGUUCUAAAAAACUAAUGACAAAGUUUCUUACAGAAUUUAUAAAAUUACAGUGUUGCAAAGUAUAUUUAUAUGUUAUAAAUAUAAUUCUAUCAGGUAAAAAAAUAUAUAUAU